GCUUAAAAAAGGACACGCUUCCCGCUACCGCACACUGCCCCAGCCGCGACCACUCCCGGAACCCCACCGCAUCGCCAUCGCAUGUUGAUGCUGCUCUCCUGUCCCCAGCCUCUGCUCCUCCCUCGCCUCCCCUCCCCGACCCCCCGCCUCAUCCGCGCCCACAUCCCGCGCCGCGCGCUCGCCUCGGCCCCGCCGCUAGGGUUGGCGCGAGGCGUCCUCGCUCCGCCCCGCGCGGUGGCCUCCGACUCCGAGCAGCGGGACGUGGGGAUGGGGCCGGGGCCGGAGGGGAGGCCGCUCCGCGUGGGGCUCGUCUGCGGCGGGCCUUCCGCGGAGAGGGGCAUCUCGCUCAACUCCGCGCGCUCGGUGCUCGAUCACAUUCAGGGGGAGGAUCUGGUAGUCAGCUGCUACUACAUCGACUGUGGUAUGAAGGCCUUUGCGUUGUCGCCUGCGCAGCUCUAUUCCAACACGCCUUCAGAUUUUGAUUUCAAACUUGAAAGUCUGGCCCAAGAAUUUCACUCGCUAUCUGACUUUGCGGAGCAUCUUGCUGCCACUGUUGACAUUGUCUUCCCAGUGAUCCAUGGGAAAUUUGGUGAAGAUGGUGGCAUUCAGGAGCUUUUAGAGAAAGCAAGUGUUCCAUUUGUUGGGACGCCCUCUAAGGAGUGUCGGCGUGCAUUUGACAAGUACAACGCAUCACUCGAGCUCAGCACACAAGGUUUCUUAACAGUACCAAACUUUCUUGUAGAGAAGGACAAGUUGGCAAAGUCAGAAUUGGAUGAAUGGUUUCAAAGCGUCAAUUUGAAUAAAGAAAAUGGCAAAGUGGUGGUAAAACCUACAAGGGCUGGAUCAAGCAUUGGCGUGGUUGUUGCUUAUGGUGCUAACGAGGCAGCUCAGAAAGCUGAGAAAAUAAUUUCGGAGGGAAUUGAUGAUAAGGUUAUCAUAGAGGUUUUUCUUGAAUGGGGCCGUGAGUUUACAGCCAUUGUUGUUGAUGCCGGGACAGCUAAUAACAGUGAGCCUGUUGUUCUGCUUCCAACAGAAGUUGAGCUUCAGUCCUCCAGUAAUAAUGAGAAUCAAGAGGAUACAAUAUUUAACUACCGCAGGAAGUACCUUCCAACUCAACAGGUUACUUAUCAUACACCUCCACGUUUCCCGGAAGAGGUGAUUGAUUGCAUAAGACAAGGAGUUUCUCUUUUAUUUCGCCACCUUGGAUUGCAUGACUUUGCGAGGAUAGAUGGUUGGUUUUUACCUACUCCUGUUACUUCUCUACCCUCAGCUGAAAACAGUGGCAGAUUUGGAAAUACCAAGCAUGGCACUGUCCUUUUCACUGAUAUUAACUUGAUAAGUGGGAUGGAGCAAACUAGUUUCUUAUUCCAACAAGCUUCAAAGGUUGGAUUAUCUCAUUCUCGAAUCCUUCGUACAAUUGUUCAGCAUGCUUGCUCGCGAUUCCCUUCUCUUGUUCCUUGCAAUAAUGCGUGGACUGCUUUGUCCAGAAAACUACAAUCAGCUAAAUAUGCAGAAGCAAUCCACAAAGGUACAUGUAAACAGAAGGUUUUUGUGAUCUUUGGUGGGGACACUUCAGAGCGCCAAGUAUCACUUAUGAGUGGCACUAAUGUCUGGCUUAAUUUGCAAGGUUUUGAUAAUCUUGAUGUGGUACCGUGUUUGCUUGCGCCUGCAAAUGGAUAUUCAUCCUCCAAUAAUCAAGGUUUCAGUGACAGUUCACGUGAAGUUUGGACAUUGCCAUAUUCAUUAGUGUUACGACAUACCACUGAAGAAGUUCAUGCUGCAUGUGUUGAGGCAAUUGAACCAGAACGAAUUAAGAUAACAUCUCGUUUACGUGAUCAAGUAAUGAAGGAACUUUGGCAAGCAUUAAGAAAACAUGAUUGGUUUGCGGGCUUCGACAUCGCUGAUGAACAACCUAUCAAAUACUCUCUGCAACAGUGGAUCAACCAUGCCAAAGAAGCUAGAGCUGUAGUGUUUAUAGCAGUGCAUGGUGGUAUUGGAGAGGAUGGUACCAUUCAGUCAUUAUUGGAAUCUGCAGGAGUUCCUUACACAGGUCCAGGACCAAUGGCUUCUAGAAUAUGCAUGGACAAAGUUUCAACUUCACUUGCCGUUGACAAUCUGGUUAGUUAUGGAGUUCGUACCAUUCCAAAGGAUGUAAGAGCAACUGAAGAGGUACUGAAGUCAUCUCUUGUUGAUAUCUGGAAUGACCUAAAAGCAAAACUACAAACAGAAACAGUAUGUGUGAAACCAGCUCGUGACGGAUGCUCAACUGGAGUAGCAAGAUUGUGCUGUCCAAAGGACCUAGAAGUCUAUGCAGACGCAUUGAGGAGAAAAUUUCAGCGUCUGCCUGCUAAUUGCCUGUCCAGGGCACAUGGAGUUAUUGAGAUGCCAGUCCCUCCUCCACAGUCAUUAAUAUUCGAGCCUUUUAUUGAAACCGAUGAAAUUAUCAUUUCAAAUAAAUCAAGGAAUGGCAGUGCCCGCCAUCUGGAAUGGAAGGGAGAAACUGAAUGGCUUGAAGUAACUGUUGGUGUAAUUGGCAAACGUGGAGAAAUGCACUCAUUAAAUCCAAGUAUCACAGUUAAAGAAAGUGGUGAUAUUUUAUCACUUGAGGAGAAAUUCCAAGGUGGGACUGGAAUCAACUUGACACCACCUCCUGCAACAAUUAUGAGUGAGGAUGCACUGCAACGGUGCAAAAAGACUAUCGAGGUCAUGGCAAACACUCUGGGUUUGGAAGGCUUUUCGCGCAUCGAUGCAUUUGUGAACGUGCGCAGUGGGGAGGUGCUGCUGAUAGAAGUGAAUACUGUACCUGGGAUGACUCCAUCCACGGUGCUGAUUCACCAAGCACUCGCAGAGGAACCACCCGUUUACCCCCAUAUGUUUUUCCGGAGCCUUCUGGAUUUGGCGUUUGAAAGGGCAGAGUAGCCGCCGCGUCAGCUUUCGUUGCAAAUAAAGGUCCUGAUCGAUUUGAUUAAUGUACGUACCGCCGAUGUGAGGUACUGUAAGGUUUAUCUGGAUUUUAUUAUUUAUACAAACUAGUAAGAUGAUCUUCGCUAAUAGCGUGGCUAGACUUGUUGUAAUAUUUUAUAAAGAUAACCUUUAAUUAAAAUUUUAUCCUUUUAUUAUUAA